AUGAAGGUCAAGGUUCUACAUCGAGAUCCUUCCGAGUAUACCAUUACCAAGCCGGGCGGUAUACAAAAAUACCAGCGCAACGCGGAUCCCGUUUUGCACCCAUUCGACCGAGCCACUGAAUACACCCGAGCCUUGAAUGGAGCGAAGAUACAGAAGAUGUUCGCCAAGCCGUUCCUCUGUGCCCUAGAGGGCCACACUGAUGCCGUUAAAUGCAUGACCAGAUGCAGGACCGUGAUAGCACCUCUAUUCACUGGCAGUUGCGAUGGCGAGAUACGAUUCUGGAACGUCGGUCAGCGGAGGUGCUUCAAGUCAGUGCGAGCUCACGAAGGUUUCGUUCGUGGCCUGUGUACUACUAGUGAUGACUCCCUCGUCGUCAGCGCUGGUGAGGACAAGACUAUCAAACUGUGGAAAUUCGACCCAGAUGAGGCGGUAGGGGAGAUGCUUGAUGAGAAGUUCAGUACCGUCGGAGCCCUUCAGUCGGGCUCAUCGGCAUCUCUCCAUAACGACCAGGUUGUGCCUGCUCACGUUCUCAACUCGUCUUCUAUGCUGUCGUCGAUCGAUGCCCAUUGGGGUAAGAGCUCUAUGCUAGCCACUGCUGGGGAGACUGUGGACAUCUGGGACUACAAUCG